UUGACUGCGUUGCUUUUUCUGUUUUUUCCCCCGUGUCCUCUCACUCAGUGUUAUCUGCAAGAGCGGCAGUGGUGACGACGGCGGGGGGGCGGAGGAGCCAUGGCGGAGAAAGCUGGAGUCCUGACUGUCGUGGCCUUGAUUAUGGUGGCGCUGGCCAUCGGAGGGCUCUCCGGCGUCCGAGGGAGCAGAGAGGAGACGGAUCUGAGAGGAGUUAAUGCUGAAGCGUAUGAAGCGGAAAGAAGGCUGCAAGCAAUCAGAUCUAACACGUCUUUCAUUAAUCCGGUCGUGGACGACCCAGAUGCCGUCGCAGAGAUGGUCACCAUGAGCAUUAGGAACAGCACGGCACGGAGGCAACUAGGCUACCUCUCCUGCGGCACCGGUAAUCCCAUCGAUGACUGCUGGAGGUGCGACCCCAACUGGUCGCGCAACCGUAAGAGGCUGGCGGACUGCGGCAUUGGGUUCGGGCGGAACGCCGUAGGGGGACGCAAUGGCCGGUUCUACGUGGUGACGGACCACACGGACGAUGACCCAGUGAACCCCCGGCCGGGCACCCUCCGCCACGCAGUGAUCCAGGACGAACCCCUGUGGAUCGUGUUCAAGCGAGACAUGGUGAUCGUACUCAAGGAGGAGCUCAUCAUGAACAGCUUCAAGACCAUCGACGGUCGUGGCGCCAAUGUCCACAUCGCGAACGGCGCUUGCAUCACCAUCCAAUUCGUUACCAACAUCAUCAUCCACGGCAUACACAUCCAUGACUGCAAGCCGACGGGCAAUGCCAUGGUGAGGAGCUCGCCGCGCCACUACGGCUGGCGGACCAUGGCCGAUGGGGAUGCCGUGUCUAUUUUCGGGUCUAGCCACAUCUGGGUGGACCACUGCUCGCUCUCCAAGUGCGCCGACGGCCUCGUUGACGCCGUGAUGGCCUCCACCGCCAUCACCAUCUCUAAUAAUUACUUCACGCACCACAACGAGGUGAUGCUGUUGGGGCAUAGUGAUUCUUAUAUGAAGGAUAAGGAAAUGCAGGUGACCAUCGCUUUCAAUCAUUUCGGUGAAGGUCUCAUUCAGAGAAUGCCCAGGUGCAGGCAUGGGUAUUUCCACGUUGUGAACAAUGACUACACCCACUGGGAGAUGUACGCGAUUGGAGGAAGUGCGUCCCCCACCAUCAAUAGCCAGGGGAACCGAUACUUGGCUCCUGUCAACCCAUUCGCCAAGGAGGUGACGAAGAGAGUGAACACGGCUACAGGCGUGUGGAAGAACUGGAACUGGAGGUCGGAGGGCGAUCUCAUGCUGAACGGGGCCUACUUCACCUCGUCGGGCGUCGGCGCCGCUGCCAGCUACUCGAGGGCCUCUAGCCUGAGCGCCAAGUCGUCCUCCAUGGUGGGAAUCAUCACGUCCCAGGCAGGGGUGCUUUCCUGCCGGAAGGGCUCCAGUUGCUGACCGACGACUCUACUCAGACAUCAUCUAGUUGCCUCCCCCGAAACAACACUCUCUCCUCUCUGCAAUUUACUUUGUUACUUCUUUAGAAGAAAACAAAAAUGGAGUCCACUCUGACAGUGUACAUUUUACACGGUCAUCGGUUGCAGGAGUCCUGGGGUUCAACUUCAUUUCAACCUCCCCCUGCUUCAUCAUUGGGUUUUUUUUUUUUUUUUACGGGAAAAGGAAAAAAAAAAACACAGUGAAUUUAUUGGGAUUAAUGAGGGCAGGAAAGGAAGCGUUGCUGUUGGUCCGUCGGUUUCUUGUCCUUUCGCCUCUUCCUUCUAUCGUCCUUCCUUUUUUUUUCCCUUUUUCUUGGGUUAUUGUUAAUGAUGUAAUAGCGCAUGCUUUUUUAAAUUACUGUUCCUCCAUAGAAAGUUAAAAAGAACGAAAUUCUCUUGUGAUUA